AUGCCGCGCGUCAUCCAGGCAGAGGAGAGGAAAAAGAGGUGGGCGGCGAAAGUUCGCACCGGAUGUCUUACCUGCAGGGGUGAGUCAGUCACCACCCAUGGUGCUGUUCCACGGCGAGUAAAAUGUGAUGAGACGCGGCCAAACUGCGACAAAUGCACAGGAGCAGGGAAAACAUGCCGCUAUCACAACGAGACGGCCUCGGGAUAUAGAUUUCGCAACAUCUUGCCAAGGUCCACGGCGGCGGUUGUGCCUCUGCCGCUCGCCCCCGAAGAGUCGCCGUAUGCACGCUGUUCCGGCCCCGGAAACGAAAGCCGCUACCUCCAGUUCUUCAUGGAAAAAACGAUUCCCGACUUCCUCCUCAUGUUUCCCGAGUCCACCUGGCGGACGCGAGUGCUGCAGGUGGCACACACGGAGCCGAGCAUUCGCCACGCCCUCAUCUCGCUCGCGUCGUCCCAUGAGUGGCGCCUGGACGCCGGCAACAGAAGGAGCCCGAAUCGGGAGAGCGACUUGUCCUCGCGCCACUACAGCCUCGCACUGAGUUGUCUACAAAGUGAUCUGACAGUGCGGCAGCAGCACAGGCGGCAGUCCCUUCACAUCAACGUGUGCUCCUGUCUGCUGUUUAUGUGUAGAGAGGGUUUGUACGGCCGAAGAGCAUCAUCGAUGCGUCUCUUUCACUGCGGUCGAAAAAUGAUCAGAGAAUAUAGAUCCAACAAGGAGGCGCUGAACAACGGCGACGCGAGCAUCGAAGCCGACAUCGAACCCAUGAUCUCGUCACUUGAAGACAUAUUUCGCCGCGUAGAAGUUCAAUUGUCCAAUAUUAUUGGCGGCCUUGAUCCCGAGUUCUUGUUUGGCCAUGAUGGCGCCUUCGAGCCCCGAUGCGUGCCCAUUGACGGUCCAUUUUCGUCUCUCGAGGACGCGCAGGACGCCAUCCUGCACGCCCACGCGUGCAUCACCGCGGACGUGCUUCGAGGGCAGGUAGCCAACCACGUGCACAAUGCGCACGUUGGCUCCUGGUCCCGUUCAUUCGAGGCCCUACUGUCGCGCCCCCAAAACUCACCGGACAAGCGCACCUUUGAGAGGACAGUUGCUGUGCUGGAGCUUAUGAAGCGCCAUAUUGGCGUGGUCAUGCUGGGCUGGGAAACACAAGAGGAAGGCUAUACUGAAAUGGUGAUGCUCGCUAAACGUGCGCUUGGGCUUGAGACGGUGGCGGGCAGAGUCCCCGACGGAGCCAGCAAGAGCGACAAAGCUCACGACAAUGACAGAGAAGAAGACGAGAGGAGACAGUAUUGCCAAGCAACAGAUCCUGACUUUGACUUUAUUGUUGGUAUUGUGCCGGCCCUCUUUGCUAUUUUCAUGAGAUGCUCAAACAGUCUGCGACGAGAAGUCGCUGACAUAUUCCAUCGCGUUCGACUGGCCGAGGGCAUUUGGUGUGCCAAGAUUGUAGGCAGAGUUCUCGACAGAAUAUUGGAGCUGGAGAAAGACUCCAACGCAAGCGAGGAGCCCGGCUCUUUCGCUGGGGGUAGAAUAGAGCAGGCCAAGAUUCACUUUGAGGAUGGUAGCGGCGAGGAUGCAGUCGUUGAGUAUAGCUCGGCACAGGCGACAUUGUUUGAAGCUAUGAUUGCAUAG